AUGCGCCCUAAGCCCGUGUCGUCGCUGCAGAAGACCUACGACGACUGCUAUUUGAUGUGCUCGACGGCUGUUUAUUUUGAGGGUCAAAAUAAUGAAGAAGAAGCCUUGAAAUCUUGGCGCUCCGCCUUGGAAACCAUCUACUACCACAACGCCUACCGACUCCCUGCAAGAUACACCCCAAAUUCUGAGACAGAACGCGCUUUGCAAGAGUCCAUCCGCCAGCUGGAGCUUCAAUGCCGUGAGCGAGUCGACCUCCUGGGUGCCCUUCGCGAGAGCAGAAAGGAUUCCGUUUCGGGGAAGUCUCCGCCUCCAGGUAGCAACGCCACUCGCGGCUGGAUUGGAGAGGGAACCGUCCCCGCGGUCGGAUAUACUGAUCUCUCCAAGCCGCCCACCAUCGCCGGUCGCUCGUCGGUGUCGAGCGCAGCGACUACCCCCCCUGCAUCGGACCCAGCGCUGCCGCCGCCGCCGCCGCCACCACCUCCUCCCCGCCCUACCGCUCCAAUGCGGUCGGAAUCGCAGUCUUCUGCUGCUAAAUCGAGUUCUCGCACACCGAGCCCCGAACGGCGAAAGUUGAUGAUGCCCUCCUUGCGCAAUCUAACCUUGAAAAAGCCGAAGAAGAAGGAGAGUUCAUCGCGACGGAAGGAAUUGCGGCCCGCUGCCGCCUCGCAGGCGGCGGGUCUCGCCUGGGGGAGUAUCUAUCGUACUCCUUCCUCCCCUGAUAAAACGGCCAAUGAUGCCGCUUUAGCCUCCUCUCGCCAAAGUCUCUCGAAUGACUCGGGCUUUCGAAGGGACUUUGAGCUGCCUCGGGCUAAUUCUGCUGAAGAACAGCGCUUGAGAAGGACGACUCCCCACCGUCCUGCUGAAAAUGCAGAGGACCGUCGAGAAGGGCGAAAGCUCAAAACAGCGGCCGAUAAACCAAUCAAAAAGUCUCCCGCGAAAAGAACGUCGUCAUCUACUCCAACAACCCCUGUACCCAAACAUCGUGGUUCAGCUGAGAUCCGACAGCAACGGGCUAGUACCGCGCGUUCCCAAUCUGCUUCUUUGGCGCCAGAACCGAAAGAUGUGCCUGCACCAUGUCCUUCCCCCAAACCACUGGUUAAGCCUAAGCCUGUAUCUUUAAGAGCGUUGCAACCACCACCACCACCACCACCACCACCCCCGCCGUCUUCUUCAUCUCCUGGCCCGUCCCUGGGAGCUGUAGAUAGCCCAAAGUCAGAUGUCAAACCGACAUCAAAGCCCCAAGCACCACGCGGAUCUGCCACAGACAAACAUCUAGUUCCUGGUAUGAGUAAUAUGUCUCUUUUGCCAAAGGGCCCGGUUCGACGUACCCCGGUCCCCAAACGUGCCGUGACGCCACCGUCAAGUGAUCCUGAAUCUUGGGGUCUCAAAUCUACUGAUGCUGACGAAGAUGAUAUCGAAGACUACGACCCUGACGGAGCCGAAGACGAUUCCAUCAUGAAUGUACUGAAAAAGCUGCCGAGGGGGGUUGAUGUGAAUGCUGCGCGACAGGUUCUGAAUGACAUUGUUGUCCGCGGAGACGAAGUCCACUGGGACGAUAUUGCUGGCCUGGAGGCUGCCAAAAAGGCUCUCAAAGAAGCCGUGGUCUAUCCGUUCUUACGUCCAGAUUUGUUUUCUGGGCUACGAGAACCGGCCCGCGGUAUGCUUCUCUUUGGGCCUCCCGGGACGGGGAAGACGAUGCUUGCGCGGGCAGUUGCUACAGAGUCAAAAUCAACCUUUUUCUCUGUAUCAGCGUCAACCCUGACAUCCAAAUGGCAUGGAGAGAGCGAGAAGCUCGUUCGCGCACUUUUUGGACUAGCCAAGGCGCUCGCUCCAUCGAUCAUCUUUGUCGACGAGAUCGACUCGCUUCUCUCCGCGCGGUCAUCAGGAACAGAGAAUGAAGCAUCCCGCCGCUCAAAGACCGAAUUUCUCAUCCAAUGGUCGGACUUGCAGCGGGCUGCAGCCGGGCGGGAACAGCCAGGCAAAACGGGCGACGCAAGCCGGGUCCUCGUGCUUGCCGCGACAAACAUGCCCUGGGACAUUGACGAAGCCGCGCGCCGUCGUUUCGUCCGUCGCCAGUACAUCCCUCUUCCCGAACAUCACGUCCGGGAACAGCAGCUCCGCCGACUCCUCAGCCACCAAGUUCACGAACUCAGCGACGAAGAUAUCGAAGUCUUAGUCCAGGUUACAGACGGUGCUUUCCCUCCUAGCCUCUUACCCCCUCUUUCGCUCCUUUCGCUUCGCAUUAAGCUAACAAUAAUGAAUCAUACAGGCUUCUCCGGCUCGGACAUCACAGCCCUCGCCAAGGAUGCCGCCAUGGGACCUCUCCGCAACCUAGGCGAAGCCCUCCUCCACACACCCAUGGACCAGAUCCGGCCCAUUCACUUCCAGGACUUUGAAGCUAGUUUGCUCUCUAUCCGUCCUAGCGUUAGUAAAGAUGGCCUUCGCGCGUAUGAAGACUGGGCUCGACAGUUUGGGGAGCGCGGAGGAUAA